AUGCCCAGCCUGGCGAAUGCUGGCACCUCUGUCGCCUCACCAGAACACUUGGAUCCGCCCCAGUUGAGGGCCCACAAGUCUCUACGUCGCCGGCCAAAUGUUCUCUUGAAUUCUCCAUCCGCCGCCCAAACAAUAAAACCAGUGGGCCACAAUGGCCCCCCGUCAGGGACAGCCUCUCUACCACCAGCUCCCGUUCGUCCCUUGACGCCUCCCGCGGUCGCCUCAACUGAAGAUUCCAACACCCACGGGGCGCAUAUCGCAACACCACCUUCUUUACUCUCUGUGAGCGAUGCGAUAACCCCGAGGCCAUCGCAUCCUCCCACGCCCGAAACCACCCCUCCUCAAGUCGCAGCCUCGGCUCAGCGUCCGGCCCUCAAGCAACUCGCCCAGUCCUUCUCCUCGUCUCGGGCGGAUUCCUUUCGGACUGCGCUGGAAGUUAUCUCAGAUGCUGGAACUGAAACCCCGUCUCGGUCAGCUCGGUCCUCCUCGUUUGUAACCAGACAGAGCGAUCCGUCCGACCACAGCGACACGCGAAGCGGAGAAACAACACCGAUACCAACUCAUACUCCUAAUCGGAUGCGUUCCGCGACACCAGAGAUGUCCACGGCAGAGAGUCGGCAAGAUGCGACACGAAAUCCACCGGCACCUGCUCCCCGUCAAAAGGGAUCUGCAUCUAGCCGUAUCGACCGUGACUCAGACACAGCGGAACACCUAUUUUACAUGGUCGGGUCGGAUGCAGACAGCACGGACGUGCUUCCCGUCCGCUCGAAAAGCGUACGAAGGCAGGGGGCUGACUCGCACGAGCCUGUAGGUGGAUUGUCAAUCGAGCAGUUCCGAGAACAAAUCGGCUGGCCCCAGACCGAGCCUAUUACAGCCGAGCCAGACGCCUCGCGAAGAUUCUCCAAUGUGUCCACGACGUCCACCGUUGAGGUUAUGAUUAUUGACUCGCCACGAUCAACUCAACGAUCACUUCGUCACACUGAGAAGAGGAGCUCUCUCCGCUCAGUCAGCUCUCCCUUGACAAAAUCGGAACAUACCUCACUGGUCUCUAACCCGGACUCGCAGCAUCGGCUGGUUCAUAAGAGUGCGCGCAUCACAGAACAAGACCGUCGAAGUGUUGCUUCGGAGAUGUCGAUUUCGGGGGUUUCGACAAUGAGCUUUCUCCCGCCGAAUGUGGAAAUAGUACCGGUGGUGGUGAUACCCGAGCGGCGGUCGUCCCUGAAGUCCUCGACCUCGACCAGCCGGAAUACCUCCCAAAGUCGCUCCCGACAUUCGAGUCGACGAGCUCCGGUCGCCUCGGGCAGCCGCCCAGGCUCGCUGGAACCUCCGCGCCGCAAGGAGCGGACGCUGUCCGAUGCGAGCACCAACGCGGACAGGCGGGCGCAAUCUCGAGGCCGUAGCGAUGGUAGGCCGGUUAUCCCCCAGCGUAAUUCGUCGUUGUCUGCACCAACCAGCCGCAACAAUUCGCGGACCACGUCUCUCACCUCCAAGAGCCUACGGAAUCACACGAUGGCAAUGGAGCAAGAGACGCGAAAGAAGCCAGCGCCACUUCCUCUGUCCCAACCUGAGGGGUCGUCCCACGGCCGGGCUGCGCACGAUGUUCCAGAAGCCGCGAAAACGCAGUCCAUCAUCAUCGGUGUCGAAGAUAUGUCGCAUCUGCGGCCGCCAUCCAUGCCCUAUACCCAAGUCUCCAUCCAGUCAUCAUCUCCCGGCGUGAUCGAAAUCAGUGAAGCGAGGACGAUCGCCAUCUUCCCGCACAACAACGAGUCAUUAUUGCUGGUAGAGCCACUAUCACAACCUACCGCGCGUGAGCAGAUUCCUGAUAUAGCAUCCCAGGACAAGCCCCAAACGCCGGUCCCGUCGACGCAGUUCGAGGUGGAGUCACCGUUGAAGAACCCCCGCCAACCUCCCAAGCCGCCGGUCUGCCAAGUGUCGCCGCCAUCGCCCGUGCAAGACGCCAGUCGCCAACUGGGAGCCGCCGUGAGUGAAGCCGAAGCGAAUGGACGUCCGGCCCGUCGGUUCGGGUCCAUCCGACGUCCGUGGAUGAACCGCAAGGCGGACAACCCCGAGAUCGACGGGCGCCUGCAGCCCUUCUGGCGACCGCGUCGCUUCUGGGACGACUCGGAGACCGACACUUCCUCCCCCAACGGGACUCCCGUUGAAGACCGACACCACCACGAGCCCGACACGGUGAUCAAGAACUCGCUGGGGAUGCCGCAGCAGCGGACGGUGCUGGAGGGGCCGCCCAUCUCGCGCAACCCGGAGACCCGACGCCGGCUGGCCGGCCACCACCACGCUGCCAACCGCAGCACCCUGGUAGGCAGCAGCCAAGUGUUCACGCCGGAGGCCCUGUACUCGCAGACCUCCCUCCACCACCACCGGUUCCAGUCCCUGUCGUGGUGGCGAUUGCGGCUGCGGGCCGGCAAGGUGCGCAGCCUCCGCAAACGCAUGCGGCGGGUCUGGCAGCAGCACGGCGAACGUCGACGCGAAGCCAAGCGCGAGAAGCUGAAGCAGAGCAUCGGGGACGCGGUGCUGGUCGAUUCCAGCACAAGCCCAAGGCCAUAG